ACCUGAGGAAAAUAAUGUCCCUACACCUAAAAACAGCAGCAGGUGUAAGGUCAUGAACCUUGUUCGAGGCAUUAUUCCCCUAUAAUGCAAGGAAAGGUCGCAUGGUUUUUUCAAAAUCUGGACCAAACCCCAAUGCGAGCCGUAAGUGCGUGAAUCUAGUGCCUCGUUAGUGUCUCAAAGCCAGGAAAAUGGAUAUAGAACAUAGUAUUAAAUCGGAAAUAUUGAGUGAUAAAAUUAGAAAUAACAAUUCGAAUAACUUGUGCCUGACUGUGGAACUGUGCGUGGUUUGUGGGGACAGGGCUUCGGGGAGGCACUACGGCGCUAUCAGCUGCGAGGGCUGCAAGGGGUUCUUCAAGAGGUCUAUACGAAAGCAGCUCGGGUACCAGUGUAGAGGAAGCAAGAACUGCGAAGUUACCAAACACCACAGAAAUAGGUGCCAAUAUUGUAGGCUCCAGAAAUGCCUAGCUUGUGGAAUGAGAAGUGAUUCUGUACAACAUGAACGUAAACCAAUUAUAGACAAAAAAGACUACUCGAAUAAUAUAGGAAAUAGCUACAAUUCCAACAGUGUAAAUAAAAUUUUUAUAAGGAAAGACCUGAGCACCGACUCGCCAGGCCUGCUCCCAGCCCCCUUCAACCCCUGCGACUUGGGGCUCCAGUUUCUCAACAAGCGGAUUGGCAGUAGCGGCUCGUCGGAGCUUCCUUACCACUUGUCCCCAAGCCAGGCAAGUAUCGAAGAUGACGUUUCCAUGGACAGUACAAACACGGGCGCCGGUGAGCUAAGUGAUGCUUUAAUAAUGGCCCGCGACAAGCAAUUAAUUUCGAAAGCGUUGGACACAAUGGCUCGAGUCCAGUGUCUCAACGGUUCCGACCUCUCCUCGUUGGCCUCCUCCGAGGAGAAAUGCUACGACUACGACGGCCCCAUCCUCAGCGAGCAACACAUCAGUUUCAACCUCCAGAUCCCCGGCCCUGUGCCCCCUUACUUAAACAUCCACUACAUCUGCGAAAGCGGCUCCCGUUUGCUAUUUCUCUCCAUUCAUUGGACGCGAAACAUCCCUGCGUUUCAGUACUUGUCCACCGAGACGCAGAUUACGCUCCUGAGGGGCUGCUGGGCCGAGCUGUUUACUUUGGGGCUAGCGCAGUGCUCGCAAACUUUGUCUCUUUCGACGAUUCUCUCGGCGCUUAUAAGUCACUUGCAUACUUUAAUAGCGCAGGAUAAAAUGUCGGCGACUAAAGUGAAACAAGUCAGUGAUCAUAUCGUCAAGUUGAAGGAUUAUGCCACUACUAUGAACCUGUUGAAUGUUGACGAACACGAAUAUGCGUAUUUGAAAGCCAUCACUUUGUUUUCUGCCGAUCAACCUGACGUUUUAUUGAAAAAACAUGUGGAAAAACUUCAGGAAAAGUCGUUUCAAGGUUUGAAGAACUACGUUCAUAGCAGCUUUCCCGAUGAUGUUGACCGGUUUCCCAGGUUGCUGUUGCGUCUUCCGCCGCUCCGUGGGCUGGAGCCCCUAGUCCUUGAAGAGUUGUUCUUUGCCGGCUUGAUCGGGCAAGUGCAAAUCGACAGCGUUAUACCUUACAUUUUGCGUAUGGGCAAUGGGAUGCCCACUCCGGGCAACCGACACGUCAAAUCCGAGCAAAUCGACGAUUUUAUGUGUAAAUAACGUGCAAUGUUCCUGAGGGAGCGUCUUGGUGUUUUUUCGUGAUCUAUUUAUACCUAGAUUAAUUAUUUUUAUAACAAAUGCUCUCGUUAUAUAUUUAUUCAUGAUUCACGGUGUGGAUAAUUGAGGCUGAAAGUAUUUCCAUUCCAAAUCGUUGCUUGCAUUUGGCGCCUUCAAAUUGUGAUUGUCCACACUGUUUUGUAUACUUAAUAUUUCUAUUAUUUAUACUAGUGGUAGAGUAGUUCGAUGUAUGCGGUAUUGGUGCAAUGCACUUGUUAUGAUGUGAUAAACGUAGGUUUGUGCCUUGCAAUCUAGACAAUAUACUUAAAUAUGUAUUUUUGGAUGAUAUAAUAAAGUAAGUUACUUUCUUCACA